AUGAUGGCCCAGUCUAAGGCCAACGGCUCGCACUAUGCGCUGACUGCCAUCGGCCUGGGCAUGCUGGUCCUGGGGGUCAUCAUGGCCAUGUGGAACCUGGUACCUGGGUUCAGUGCUGCAGAAAAGCCGACGGCCCAGGGGAACAAGACCGAGAUAGGCAGUGGCAUUCUCAAGAGCAAGACCUUCUCUGUGGCCUAUGUGCUGGUUGGGGCCGGAGUGAUGCUGCUGCUGCUCUCCAUCUGCCUGAGUAUCCGGGACAAGAGGAAGCAGCGGCAGGGCCAGGAGAUUGCGCAGAUCCAGCACCAGGCAGGGGCCGUGCCUCAUGCCCAGGAGGAAGACAGCCAGGAGGAGGAGGAAGCCUCCUCGAGGUACUAUGUCCCCAGUUACGAGGAAGUGAUGAACACCAACUACUCGGAAGUGAGGGAAUUAGACCAGAACCCCAGGAUGAGCAUCUCCCUCCCCUCCUACGAGUCCUUGACCGGGCUCCACGAGACAAUGCCCACAACCAGGGCCGACGUGGAAACCAGCCUGGGGAAUCCGCCUGACAGACACAACUCUAAGCUGGCCAAACACCUGAAGCCUCUGAAAGUUCGAAGGAUUAAAUCUGAAAAGCUUCACCUCAAAGACUUUAGGAUCAACCUCCCAGACAAGAAUGUGCCUCCUCCCUCCAUUGAGCCCCUGACUCCCCCACCCCAGUAUGACGAAGUCCAGGAGAAGGCCCCAGAUGCCCGGCCACCCGACUGA